AUGAUCCGUAUUCCCAAAGGUUCAACCUGUCUAUGUAGACCUGUGUAUCAGGUACCUGUGGAUGGAAACCAGUCCCCCUCCACCACUUCACCGCCGGCCCUCACUGCUCCAACACCCUCGUCUACACCCGGCAAGAUCCAGAAACCCAGCAAACGACAGAUCAAAGCCCCAUCCGAGAACCUCGUCAAAGCCUUGGACGCAAUACCGCACUUUGGGAAUUACUCCGCAGAGAAUGGCGCCUCACCCCAGCCUCCAUACCUACAGGACCCGGGGUCUGGCCCCUCGCAUGACACACUUCGACAGAGCGUCACAUCAUCCAGUACAUUCAUGCCACAGAACCAAGUGUUGGGCACUGCCGAGACCUCGGCCCCGAAAGGCGGCGGUUCUUGUUGUUCUUCUCGCACCCCCAAACCACCUACGCAGACCUCUACCCCGGGCUCGGCCUCAGGCUCGGGCUCGGGUUCUUGUUGCAAAAAGCCGGAACCACAGAUUAAGGUGGAUUCUGGAAGUGAUGGAAUCGCCAGCUCAUAUUAUGCCACCGACAACUCGCCCUACCCCGCUGUAUCACACACUCCCGUGCCAAAUUGGGAAGAUUUCCAAGCCAUUGACACCACCUCUUUCAUGCCGUCUUUCUCGACCCCUCACACCCCGGCGGGUCCCCCAAAUUACGUGGCGGGCUAUAUGUCCCACCCCUCGGCGGGGCCGUCAUUCGGCUUCCAUGACCCGAAUAUGCCUAGCAGCAAUGGGUUUGACCACUCUACAACGCCACAGACCGUUCCCGACUCAGCAGCGGGCUUUACGCAGGCAGUCCCAGCCGCCUUUGAUGGAUCACCGAAACAUAACUGCGAUUGUGGAGACGAAUGUCAGUGUCUGGGCUGUGCGACCCAUCCUUUCAACAACACUACCAAAGAGCAUGUGCGCGAAAUGGGUCUCAUGGUUGCUCUAGACGGCACACCCCGGAAUGCGAAUGGUCUCGACGCUUACCCCAAUGUGCCAUUGCCUAUGAAACAACAGGAUUCCCCGUCCGAGGAGUAUCUGUAUGGGGAUUUUGGCCAGCAAAUCAACAUGACUCCGUACAGUGAGCAGGUCUCAGCCUCAAGCGACCCGAUCAACGGCUUCUCCUCUCCUCCGACCGACUUUUCCCAGCAACUAAUGCACACUUCCGAAUACUACACGCUCGAGUAUCCGGUCCGAUUCCAGCCGGCCUGCUCGGACGUGACGGGGAGCUGCCAAUGCGGAAGCGACUGCCAGUGCGUAGGUUGCCUGACCCAUAAUGGCCACAACGGGAUAGCUCUGGAGCCACCUCCGCCAGAAAACCACGGGUUGGGUAUAAGCCAACCUGCCAUGUCGUCUGCGUGUGGACCAGACCUCGACACAUCUGGAUUGCAGCAUCUCGAUCAUCCAUCCGAGACCCCUUCAUCAUCGUCUAUGUUAUGA